AUGGCGCCCAACAGCGCCGCAAUUGCGGGCUUACUGAAGCAGACCAUCCACUACCAUCUCGACAACUUCUCCUAUCAGAACGCUCUCUUCUUUGCUGAGCGGCUACAUGCCCACGAUCCCCGCGCCCCCGAAUCCGUAUAUCUUGUUGCCCUUUGUCACUUCCGGCUGGGCGAUUGUCGGUCCGCGUACGAAGUUAGCAAGCCCUUGGGAUCCCGCGGAAUCCAUCUGGGAUGUGCCUACAUCUUCGCCCAAUGUUGCUUGGAUUUGGAGCGUUACAAGGAUGGGAUCAACGCACUGGAGAAGUCGCGACACUUGUGGAGGGAAAAGUCCAGCAUCGGCAGGCAUACUGAAACUACUCGGGUGCCCUUUUACGAUGCAGCCGCCGUGAGUUGUCUGCUUGGCAAGCUCUACCGGGCAUAUGAGGACAAGAAGAGAGCCGUCUCUUGCUUCGAAGAUGCCUUAAAGGUCAACCCAUUUAUGUGGGAUGCCUUCAGCAGCCUUUGUGACAUGGGCGUGAACGUUCGAGUGCCAAAUGUCUUUAAAUUCAGUGACUCCUUUGCACGCAAUUUCGAUCAGGCGCCUAGCUCGGCCACUGAGUCUCUCAAUGGACGCAUGCCAGAGCCUUUACAGAGGAAAAUUGGCAUACAGGGCGUCAACCAUGACAGCGAUCCGUUCGAAGGCCCCCGAUCCACCGCGUUUCAGGACUUGCCAAGCAACAACAUGCUGUAUGUCGACCCUGGAGAGCAUGACUCAGUGUCGAGGAUACCUGGAGCACCCUCGCGGUACACAUCGAGUCAAACGAGCAAAUAUGGUUCAGACGGGAUGGAAACUCCCACUGGACCUAGUGCUCCUCUCCUGGAGACACAGGCUUCACGGGCCGCGUUCCCCGCAGAGCCACCUCAGGCACCCGCACGCCGGACACGUGCUGCACACGCCGCAGAAGCAAGCUUCCAAGAAGCACCGCCAAGGAUCAACUAUCGAAUUGGUACGAGAAGGAGAACUCAGGCACAGGAGCAGGGGACGGACGCUUUAGAGACGGCAACGGCCAUUAAGAAUUCGUCAUUGUCGAACACCACUGCAGCCACCGAGAGGAAACGUACGGCGUCUGGGCAACCCGUUCAGCCUCGCCCCAUCAACGUUGAGGAGCCGAGGAGGAGUGCUCGGCUGAACAUGGCUCCUAGAGCAACUGCAGCAUCAAGAGCUAAUACGACCGCCGCUGCAAUAGGCCCGCCGCCAGGCCGCGAGCUGAAGAGGGCUAGGCCCCCGAUACAGGGGAGGAUCACGCGUCCUGGUUCCAGCGGUGCCACUGUUGGCAGGGUUGUCAGCGGGUCCCGGAAGGCUCAGGAGGAGAACAAUAUGGACGUUGACCAAGCUGAAGCUCCACGGAUGAAGGAAGUGCCUGCUGCGCAAGCAGCUCCUCUCAAGGUCCCGGAUCCGGACCCAAAUAAGGUCGAUGAGGCGCUGAAGUGGGUUUUGGACCUCUUGAAAAAGAUGGCAUCCGGAUACUUGCUCGCCUCUCAAUUCCAGUGUCAAGAAGCACUGGCAGUGUUCUCAUCACUUCCUCGUAGCCACCAGGAUACGCCGUGGGUCCUGGCGCGGAUGGGAAGGAUUCAGUAUGAGCAAGCCAACUACGCAGAGGCCGAAAAAUACUUUAGGCGUUUGCGUAUUCUUGCUCCAACCCGCCACGAAGACAUGGAAGUCUACUCCACCGUCCUCUGGCAUCUGAGAAAAGAAACAGACCUCUCCUUCCUGGCACAUGAGCUCAUUGACGCCGUAUGGGACUCACCACAGGCCUGGUGCGCCCUGGGAAAUGCCUUCUCGUUGACUUCUGACCACGAACAGGCACUCAAGUGCUUCAAGCGUGCCAUUCAGCUUCAUCCCAAGUUUGCAUACGCGUACACCUUGCAGGGUCACGAACAUGUGGAGAACGAGGAGUAUGAUAAGGCUCUAAUGGCAUACCGGCACGCAAUUGCUGCCGACAAGCGCCACUAUAACGCCUAUUACGGCAUUGGCAAGGUUUACGAGAAGCUAGGCAACUACGAGAAGGCGCUGAAUCACUAUCAUUCCGCCUUGGUUAUUCAUCCAACUCAUGCCGUGUUGAUAUGCUGCAUGGGAUCGGUUUUGGCGAGGCAGAAGCAAAUAGUUCAAGCGCUCCCUUACUUCGCCAAGGCGGUGGAGCUGGCUCCCCGCGCACCUGAGAUUCGGCACCAGAAGGCACGGGCGUUGCUUGCGACUGGGCAAUUGGAGGAAGGGCAUCGGGAGUUGAUGAUCCUGAGGGAUCUGGCCCCUGAUAAUGCCCAGGUCCAUUUCCUGCUGGGCAAGCUCGCUAAGACACUGGGCGAUAAGAAGUCGGCUGUUCGCCACUUCACCAUUGCGCUGAGCUUAGAUCCCAAGGCGAGCGCCGAAAUCAAGGAAGAGAUUGGAGCUCUUGACGACGACGAUUAUGUGGACGAUUCCAUGAUGCGUUGA